AUUUGCAGUGAUCCAUUAAAUGCCCCAAACACUACCUCUCCCUCCAAACCUGAUUAUGACCCAACACCUGACAAUAUCUCUAGUGUGUUUCAUAAUGCUGAUGCUGUUUCUAUGCCAGAUCUUGACAACACACUCAAGUCUCAGUCAGACAUUUCAUCUCUCCCUACAUGUGACACUGUGAAUGACACCUGUUCACAAACUACACCUGAAGUUAACACUGAUUCUGCUGACACACCAAUUGUCCCCUCUGUCACUACAUCUGUUUUUGAUGUUCCAUCUAGUACUGACAAUAGCGUUAUUCCUUUCCAGCAACUUACUUCAAUUCCUGAUGUUGCUGAGAGUUAUUCUAUGUCUGAUUGCCUGUUAGACCGUUCCAAGGGCUCUUGUACUGAGCUUUUUUUGGAAGGAGUCCCUCGAAACACUCUGUUCACACAUGAAGAAUCUCUUUCCCUGCCAUUAGACGACCUAUUGUCCCCAGCCUUCUCCUUACCCAGCCCAGCUCCUUCUUCUCCUGACCCAUUUCCACCAAGUCUAUUCUGUGAAAGACCAGUACCUCCUAGAAAGACCCUUGAUUCAUUUCCAGAAAGACUUUUGGAUCGCACAGCUUCUUCCUCUCCCGACCUUUUCCCACUAGGUAUAUUCAGUGACAGGCCUGUACCUCCCAGAAAGAUUCUUGAUUUUGUUACAGAUCUAACUCUGGAUGGAACUCUAACAUCAAAAGAAUCGUUGUCACCAAGUGUCCCCAGUGGGCCAGAGCAUCCCAGGGAAACAAUUGGCUUGUUCUUUCAAAGUCAGUGCUCCGAUAGAACAGGUCCUCUUAUUGAAGUGCAGUCUGCUGUUAGUUGUGAGACAAGUGUUUUUGAUUACAUCAUUCCAGAACCAACUAAACAAUCCUCUCAUGGAAGCACUUUCAAGAAAUCUAAGGCAAAACAGAAAAAAACAGGAAAAUUGAAGUUCAGUGAAGAUAAUGAUGUGUUCGAAGGACCCAUACCUGUUCCAAUGCAGCCCAGCCUGGAGGACGUUGAAGGCCGAUUGUUUGUCUCCUUCAUGUCAAAGAAAGCUCUUGAGAUUCACCUCGGAGAUGAUGCCAAAUCGGAGGCUGCACAAAAAAACACAGAGAAUCCUGAUGGGGCCAGGUAUGAAAAUGUAGAAGAAAAGAUUGAGGAGCUAGAGAAAAUCCUUUUACGUGAUCUGAAAGUCAUGAGGCACAGACAGGUCAUUCAUCCGGUGCUACAAGAAGUUGGAUUGAAGUUGAAUCUACUUGAGCUCACCCUGGAAAUUGACCUGCAAUAUCUGGGUGUGCAAUUACCCAUACCCCCACCUGUACUCUCGCCUGAAGGAAGUUCAGCAUCAUCUCAAGUCCGGUUUGUUUCAAGGACAGGAAAAACCACUGACUUCACCAAAAUUAAAGGAUGGAGAGACAAAUUCUCUGGCUCAGGAAACCCUACUGAAGGCAUGUCAAGCACAGAUGCAGGACAGAAGAACCUCUCUGCAUUUUGUAGUGACAUGCUGGAUGAGUACCUGGCCAGUGAGGGCAAACUGAUAGAUGAACGAGCUGCAACCUUAUCCCAGGCUGAUGUUACACCUGUAGCAUACCAGCUACCCACUAAGAGCACUAGUUAUGUUCGUACCCUGGAUAGUGUACUUAAGAAACAAGUACCAGCUACCUUAUCCACAACAUCCAAAAAGGUCAAGCCAACAUUUAAGCCCAAAGAGGAAAAUAAAUCUAAAAAACCCUUAAAGUCAGGUACAGCAAAGCAAACAGAACCAGUCUUUAGUGUUAACAAACCUGCUUUGUGCUCGAAAAAGCCACAGCAAAACAAGAAAUCUAAAAAUAAGAAGGAAUCCAAGAGUUUGAGUCCUGAAAAGCCUGCUCUUGAAACUGCUGCAGAGGUAGCUUCUAAUAAGACUCCCAUGGUUGAAGUUUCUGGCUCCACACCAUCAAGUUGUGCAGCUGGACGUACUACAGGUUCGCCUAAGACUUUGGUGAAGCUGAUGGAUGUGGAAGAUGGAGCAGUGUGGGAAGGCAAACAUCGUACCUUUAUCACAGAAGAAAGGGCAGCCAUCGCACUAGCCACUCUUGUCACCGCUGAGGGGGUAUCAAAAGGAAACCCUGAUGCCAUCAGAAUUAUAAGACGACGUGCACCACCCUGCCUCAAUGUAUUCUGUAGGCUUGGCUGUGUGUGUGCCAGUCUGGUUCACUUGAGGCGACAUCAUCACUGUGGAAAACCACAGUGCAUGUUGGGUUGUAGCUGCCUGCGACGCAAAGUUGUUGCACUUAAGACCCCCAAACAGGAGCUAAGUGCAACAGAUGAGUCUGAACCUCAGGGAGUGUCAGAGGAGAACAAGGCUAAAUGGAAAAAGAAAAACAAAAAGAGAAAGGCUUAUGUUCUGACAGAUCCGGAGACAGCACCUGAACCGGUUAAGCGUGUGAGUACAUUAUGGGAUCGAAAAAGUGACGGUUCGGAUUCAGAAGUUAUUUUCUGUCCUCCUCCUCCAAGAGCUCCCUCUCCAGCACUCUUGUCUCGAGAGCUUCAGCAUAAUCUGGAAGUCUUGUUCAGUCCUUCAAAACAAAAAAGGGUGGAAGAGAGAAAUUUGAAUAUGGCUGAGGACAAUACGGAGAACAAGCUUACAUGUGCUCGUUCGCGACCGUUUUCCUCUAUGUGCCAUGAUAAACAAAAAAUGGUUGACCAACACCACAUCUCGCAGGUCUCUACGCAAGAUAUUGAGGAGGGUGAGCUUGUACCUCUUAAUUUGUCUGGCCCUGCCAAGCGACUUGAGAUCAUAUCUGAAUGCAGUUGGGCUAGUACGGACACCAGAAAUUACAUUAUGCAGAUAGUAUGUGAGCACAUGGCUCAGGAUCGUUUGAAGCAUCCUUUCUGGAUUGGCAAGUACUUCAUUCAGCCAGUCUCAAAGACUCUACAAGAGAAAGAGGAUGGUUCUGUCGAUACAUACAAAGUCAUCAUCUCUCAACCUGCGGAGAAGAAAACAGAAGAUGAGAAGGUUACACAAAAAAAAACUGAGCUGAAAAAGGAGGUAGAAAAGAGUGAGGUGAAAGGUCUGCCCUUCCUCUCCAGGUGUUGCCCUGCAGGCUUGCUCAAGGCCGAGAAAAAAGCACCUGAUGCUCCAGGACGGAUAACGGUUAAUGGAAAGACAUACCCACAAGCCAAAUUAGAGCUGGGAAAGAUGGGAGCUUUGCACCCUGCCAACAGACUGGCAGCUUAUAUUACAGGGAGAAUAUGUCCAGUCAGUCAGUCUGGACCUAACGUGGUAUCAACAUCAACUGUUACAAAGGCCUCUAUCACAUCCGUUCCGGUCUCGACUGUGUCCACAGUAACCACAGUUACAAGCACGUCUGCUUCUACAGCCAAACCGCUCAUCAAGUCUGUAGUGACCAAGCCCCCAGUGGGAAAGGUCUUCACCCAGUUUGUGGUCAACCACAUCAACUCUCAAAAUCUGACCAACACUAGCACCUCACAAUUACAGCCUUCCAUUCCAAAAAUUGCCAUCCCCUCCUCCAUGUUGAUGAUUGGCAGAGAGGCUGGGGCUUCUGUGGUGGCUCUUUCUCCUGUUAAAGCAGGCUUGGUUACCCAGGUGUCUAAGCCCUCAGACUCCACAGGUAGCGCCAGUUUUCCCACUGUAUCAAAAGUCCAAGCCCCUGCCAUCACCAUCCUCAAUAAAUCACCCAGCCUCCCUCUGGGUGGGUCUGGUCUAACCCCAGCAACCACUGUCUCUUCACCUGGAUCGACCACUCCUGGAAAAAAGAAAGUUUAUAUCACAGUUAUGUCCCGUAGUAAAGGCCUCACCAGUAGUGGUCCAAGGUUUACAAAGCCUGUCACACAGACUCGGCCCCCACAGACCCAAAACCAAAAGGUGCUGCUUCAGGUGGUGAAGACCGCUGAUGGCAACACAUUGUACCGUAAUCCUAAUGGCCAGCUAUUGCAGUUGGUGCCUUUAAGUCAAAUCAAAGCUAUCAAACCCAACCUCCUAUCUCAAGGCCAACCCACCUUUAUCCGUUUGCCCGCACCUACUGCAGUCAAUCCAAAAAAGCCUCAGGGUGGCAGCGCCACCAUAGUCAAAUCUUUCAGCCCAAUACUACAAAUGCAGACAAAGCCUGCUGUCACUGUACCAGUCUCUACAUCUUCAUCUAUGAGUGCCAAGCCAGUCACACUCACUUCAUCCAAGGCAGUCUCAUUGAGCAGCAUUCCUUCUACCCUUAAAGUUGUUCCAGGUUUUCUGGGACAGUCUGGCACUUGUACAUUGAGAAUUCUCCCACCACAUCCUGUUCAAAACACUGGAAUUAUCGCUCCAACGUCCUCCCCUGUCCUCCCUCAGAGUGGCUUUACAUUGCUUAAGCAUGGAAGUUCAACGCUAUACAACCAAGACUCCACUAAGUCUGAGACCGCUAUUUCUGUAAGCUCAGUUUCAACAGAGGAGGCAGUCGGUCAUGUCCAUAACCAAUCUGAGAUGGAUCCUUCUAAACAAAAUAGAUGUGACGGUUCUGAACGAAUAGCAGAAAAUAUAUCCGAGCUUCCAUCUUCUGGUGCCUCCUCUCCAAAACCCAGCCAGUUUUCUGGAGGUGGUUCAAGUUUGGCUGAGACUGGUAACAAAGCUAAUCCCAAAGUGACAGAAAAAGAUUUUGACAUAGCUCCAGUUUCUGACGAGGAAGAGAUUGGUUCGGACGUAACCGAAUUAACUGAUGACUCUGACCUGUACAGUGAUGAUGACCGAGAAGAUACAUACAGUUUGAGUGGUUCUGAUCAAGUGGAGAGGAUGUUGGAUACAGAUGGUUUGGGCUCUGAGAUGAAAGAUUUUGCAGAGGUGGUGGUUGAUAUUGAGACCAUUGAAGAGUCUGCCGAGGAAAACAGUAUUGCCAAAUUUCGGACAUCUGCAUUGAGGAGGAGUCAACAUCUAAGUAACCGGAGGCACAUUCAUAAUGAAAGUUUGGAGGUGAAGGUCAGGAGAGUGUGGCUGGAGAGAAUAAGGCGCUGCACACUUAAAGAGUGCUUUCUUAAACUUCAGGCAACACUCGGAAAGCCUUCAAAAAAUUUUGAAACCUCCAAAAUGAGAAUCCUUACAAUGGCUCAGAAAGAGAUUGAGUCCCUGGUUAAGCAGGAUGACCGCUUAGUAAAAAAAAGACAGAGACUGCAAUUUAAGAGAGAACGUUACCUACAGACACUUUCACUAUUGUGUGACAAGAGUACAGAGUCCAUCAGCCAGAAGCUUAAUGAAAUUAUUGCUAAACAAAAAGCCCUGGAAACCCAGUCUAAAGCAAAAGAGAUGAAGUCCCAGCUGAAUGAGGCAAUGCCCAAACCUAAACUAGCUGAUCUUGGAAGUAAACAGAAAGGUUUAGCAUACCAGAACAAAUUGAAAGAUGUUCCCGAACCCACCUAUUCUCCCUCCAAACCGAUGGACUUGAGUAUUAAAAAACAAAAAAGCCUGGAAAAUACUGAAAGUGCUUCCAAAUCUGCACCAACAGCCUCACCUGCAAACCUCGAUAGCAGCAAAAACACUCCUAAAACUCAGGAUAAAGAGAAAGGUAGCACAUCUAAACCUUCUCAGCCAUCUUUUAACUCCAGUCCACAAAAGAAACCUGUCUCUGUCCCAAGUCCUAAAAAAUAUUCCUCAAUACCACGCGACAGAAUUCGGCCAAACAUUCUCUCCCGUGCUUCAUCCCAGUUGAUACAAGGAGAACCUCUUUUAACUAAUGUGUGUAUACCUCAAAUAUUCCCUCUGAUGAAUACCAUGGUUCCAUGCAAUCAAAUCAUAACCAUAAACAACCCACUUCAACCAAUUGGCAUCACCUCAGUAGGGACACAGCAAUCAUCCACACCAGGUGUAGCAUCUGUGUCCAUAGUUCCUUCAGUAUCUCACCCGGUUGGAGUGGAAAAUCCCCUUCCAUUAUUGCAGCCUCAGUUCAUCAAAAUUACAAACAGUCCUGUUAACAUUAACACACAAGUGGAUUCCGCCAACCUUCCAAAUAUCACCAAUGUUAUUUCUCUGGUUCCACCGGCGGAGAAUCUGGUAAUACCACAGAAAGUUGUGGAAGAUACAUCUGUUGUCCUGGCACAGCCAACAUCUGUCCCUGCACCUGUGGAAAAUCAGCAGUACCCCUCAGAUGUUAAAAUUCCAGAUUUGGAGGAAAGGGCAGUUGUGGAUGAGCCUCAAUCCAAGGAUGUCCCCAAACAACCUGUUGGAGGAGAUGAGAACAGUGCAUCUGUUACUUCAUCCAACCAGGAAGGACUGGACAAGAAAGGUCCGGAUGACAGCAAUGAUCCUGAGGAUGAAAAUCUACUGUCUUUGUUAGACGAACUUGUUCUCCUUAGCCAGCAGCUGAGUAACAAAGAUGAAGAUCAGAGAAUUGUUGUGUCAGGCAAGGUACAGGCAUGUUCGGACAAGCAGGCAGAUCUAGAACAGGAUGAUGACCGUGCUCUCAGUCCCUUGUUUCUAACUCUGGAUGAAGAUCUAAUGUCUCCAGACUCUAAAGAUGAAAUCGAUAUCCCACCCAAAGUGGACGACUUGGUCAAAGUCAUUUUUGGAUCAGAUUCACCUUCGGUUUCAUCCGAAUCUGGGGUUGCACCAUCAACAAAUGUUCAAAGUCCACAAGCCCCAGCGUGCAGCGUUAAAUGUGAUGCCCCUACUCUACCACCUCUGUUGCACAUGAAAGCUGCAUGUGAAGCUGCAUCAGGUCAGUCAGCCAAUGAAGGGACCAGUGUGGCAUGGCGGCCAAUGCCUAAACUGGUUCCUCUUGGGUUAAAGGCUCAAGAUGCUGUUGUGAAUAAGUUUACCGGCUCCCCAGUUUUCAAACCGGACUCAAAUGAGGAAGACGUUCAUAGACCUCAAAUGUGAUCUACCGAUCUAUGAAUCACGUAUAGCUGCUGCUCACGUUUAACAUGUUUAUGUACAAAAUAGGAUUUUUAAAAAAUGUAUUUAUUGUUUGUUUGCUGUGUAAGUCCUGCUGCCGUGGGCACCACCUAUUGUGCCUCUGGUAAAUCCAAAGAUGUUUUGGUUCAUUCACCUUUUUUUUUUUUUUUGAACACUCAGACUACUAGACCAUUAAGGUAUCUGACUGGUUUUGCUAGCAAUUGUGUAUCCACUCUUUGUGGCAAUAGUUGUGAAAGAAGCCGUUUACUCAUUCUAACCUCCAUAUUGGAGCAUGUUUUUCUUUCCCAUUGGAGUUCAAAAAUAAAAGAAAAAGAAAACAUUUACUUGAUCGUUAAACAUAGGAUUGUUUCUCCCUUAGCACAGUGAAGGUGAAGCUGAUCAUAAUUGUUUGCGAUGGGGAUUUUGUGGGAUCAUUAGGGCUGUUUUCCAGGUGACCUUUUAAGGAAUAAAUAAUUUUGCCCAGUGACUUUUAACAGUAAGGCCACUUCACCCUUGAAUGUAUCUGCUAAUGAGAUCAGGCAAAUGUCAUUGUCUUUGCAUCUAGAUGAAACUUACACCACUGUUGAUUAAACUCAUUACAUCAAUGCAUGUUAAGGCAAUAAUAGAUGUUAAAUUCAGUACAAACAGUCUGUGUUCUUGUUACAGAAAAGCUAUCUUAUAUACACGAAACUUUAUAUCUUAUGUUGAGUGCCUUUCAAAAGGUUCUUCUAUAUGCAUAUUGGGACGUAGGAUUGUUGUCUUAGGGAAUAGUAAACUUAUUACAAUAGCAUUAGGAGCUUGGGAAUAAAAGAAUGACACUUCUGAGGUUUAUUCCGAUGUGUUAGUACUGCAGUUUUAAUUCUUAUGUCUUUUUGUUUGUUUUGCAAGUAAUAGGUGACGUUUGAGUGCAGUAAGUUUAUUGCAUUUGAGCUUUUUAGUUGUGAACCCCUAUUUUCAUAUUCCCCACCUCAAUAGCAACAUAAAUUACGAUGUCUGAAGCAUUUUAGUGUUGUAACGCAAUUGUCACACAUCAAGAGAGGCGGUUAACUUUAAGAGAUCUUUCAGUUUGAGCUUAAAAUGUAGUCAUCACUAUGCAAUUGUUUUGCUUUAUAUUUAGAUAAAACAGGUACAGACAAACUACACAGAAAUGUUAAAAGCUACAUAAAACGAGAUGCAGUCACACUGCUUAUGUUCUUGUAUAUAUUUAAUGCUACACUGGUUUAUUUUGUAAAUGUUAGCUUGUUAAAAGUCUGCAUAUUGGCUGAUAUAACCUUUCUUGGUUAUUGUAAAUAUGUAAAAUCGAUUCCUUUUUGUUAGUCUGCGAACUGUUUAAAUACUUAUUUUUUUAUAUGCUAUAAAUCA